GAAAAUAUGAGAAACUAACCUAGGUGCGGGAAUCUUACCAUCUGAGGAAGGCACUCGCCAGAUCUCUGUGAUAAGAUUAUGAUUGUGCACGAUACGUCAUCAUGGAUCGAGUGUAUGGCAACCUUUGUCGGCUAUAUAGGUUGACACUGAACUUUUAUUGCAGUGUCUGUCUCACAUGUUUUGCUACGAACGGUCAGCGUUUGAAAACUCUUAAUUGAAAGGGUUACUUAAGGCGCUGUCUAAUUGUAUGCUGUAAUAGUUUCGAUCAAGUCAUUUCAUUUUUCUGUGAUCUCGUGACUUACUGUUUAUCAAUAGGUGACGUAGCCAUUUGUGGAUCGUACUGAGAUUACAGGUCAUUGUAGUUCGUGGAGUGUGAUAGUAAUUUCACUGCAUCAACAGCUGUGUAGCGGUUUGGAAAUUGGUGUUAAAUAUCAUUCAAAAAAUGCCUUCAUUGAUAAGACAGAUUUCGUUGAGUAGUACGAACAGCUUAGCCAUUGCUAGAAAAAUGCCCGUUCAGCCUUUAUCGUUAACAGAAGCCCAGACGAAAGCUAUGUGGCGUGCGGCAGACUGCGUCUGUUUCGAUGUUGACUCGACAGUUUGUAUGGAUGAAGCAAUUGAUGAGCUGGCACGUUUUGCAGGACUUGACAAGGAGGUUGCCGAUCUAACAGCGAAAGCAAUGAAAGGUGGCAUGACCUUCCGUGAGGCGCUCACGAAACGUCUUGAGCUCAUUCAACCAGAUAUGGCGAUGGUGGAAACAUACAUUCGCGAAAACCCGCCUAGGUUGUCACCUGGCAUUGAAGAACUCGUUGGUCAUCUGCAUGCGCGUAACACAGCCGUCUAUCUCGUCUCUGGCGGGUUCCAGUCGAUCAUUGAACCAGUUGCAACCGAACUUUCCAUCCCUCAUGAGAACAUUUUUGCGAACCAGCUCAAGUUCUACUUUAAUGGCAGUUAUGCUGGUUUCGAAGAAAAGCAGCCGACGAGUCAUCAGGAUGGCAAAGCGCGCGUUGUACAAUUUCUUAAAAAGAAGUUCGGGUAUCAGCGAGUUGUCAUGGUUGGUGAUGGUGCUACGGACCUUGCGGCUUGCCCUCCUGCAGAUGCCUUUAUCGGAUACGGAGGUAAUCAGAUUCGCGAAAAGGUACGGGCGGCGGCACCAUGGUUCGUUGAAUCGUUUGAUGAUCUCGUUUCCGAGUUGCGAAAGGCAUAGGCCUUCAACAUCUUAUUCUUUCCUAGCAUACCUUUUCUCAGAAAUUAAUAUUAGCUUGAGCAAACGCAACUGUCUCAGAGACGGAAAACAGUGUUGAUUGGACGUGCAGUUUUGAACGUAAUACUUUACCCCAAGGCACUCACCCAACAGUAUUUCGGGGUCCCAUUAUACGACAUACACCAUUUUGCAGAAUUGUUUGAUUCAGUUUGGUCACACUAGCGGGUGUUACAAUAUAUUUCUUCGAAGAAAAUUGAUGCGACACAAGUAUGUCAAGGGACAAUUUAUCGACGAGUCAAAUGUGCCUCUCCGCCUUUGAGAAGAAAGACCCGAAUCUGAAGACUAUUCGAAAACUGCACCUCAUAUGGCAAAAGAUCUGUUCAAACCAAUUAUUUAUGAUUUAGCCUGGUUCACCCAUCUCAGAAGAUCAUCUCUAUUUUCGAUGAUUUAAUUUUCCACAGUCUGGACGAGGGAGGCAAUCGACGAAUAGACACCUUCGAAAAACUGAACUUUAUUUCAAUUGUUAGAUAUGUUAAAGGUUUUGAGUAUGCUUGUAUAGAAUAUACAUAUAAAAAUGUUGUGACAGAGUACACAGUCUAUUGCACUUUUAGGUAAAUAGACACAUUUUUUCAACAGCAAAAAGUCAAGCCAUUACGGACAUAUAUACACAGUGACCGGAUAUCUCCAUGAGCAAUUGUUAUCUGUUAAGGCUCUCUACAAUUGAAAAAAAAAAAGCUAAAAAAUUAAAACUUAUUAGGCUCCUUAACUCUCUGUAGUUUUACUAAAAAGCGCCCCUUCCAUUAUUUAGAUCAUUGGCUCAACUCUUCGUAAUUCAAAUAUUAUUUGUAAGUCCUACGAUUACAAUUAUUGUUUUAUUCAUUGUAUAGUACGUAUUUAUUCGUUAGCAAAUCUUAAUAAAUCUACACAAACCACCAGAACGCCCGUAUAUGUAUUUGUUUGCCACUAUAUUGGCACCAGUAGUCCAGAAAUAACUUUUAAUGAGCAAAUGUUUUGACCAAAUGCAACUACCAGACAUUUUCAUGAAUCUUUGAAACGUACUUGAGACCGCGUUGUCAAAAGGGAUAAUAAUUUUCCAUGCAUGAUUCAGAAAAAUAAAAAUACGUAUCGACACUUAUACUGCAUAUCUGUAAUAUAAUAAUAAGAAAUUUAAAAACUGAAUAGUUUUUACCAAGCUGUUCCUGUACUACUCACAGCCAAUGUAACAGCGGAACGUGUCGACGAAUGCCGAAAUUAUUUCUAGUGACCAUAAUACGGUCGUUACCACGACAUGGCAAACAGGUGUAUUUUUUACUCAAACUGACACAUAAAUCGGCACGUUUCUUAUGCUGAUGUACAUAUACGUAAAAAACAAGUGACAUUAAUAAACUGUGAAAACAAAUGUAUCAAUACA